CAAUCCACCUGGCAACAGAACUUCGUUCCUCCCACUCUCUCUCCUCUCUCUCUCUAUCUCUCUCUCUCUCCAAGGAACAGAAAACACACAACACAGCUGAUUCCCUGCGACGGUUCCACGAGAAAAGUCCCCAUUUUGAAUAAAGCUUUUCUGUUCUUCUUCAGCUUUCAUCAGCUAGUCUACUCGCAAUUUCCCUGAUAAAUUCUCCGAUUAUGGUGAAGAAACGGGUCCCCGAUUGGCUCAACAGCUCCCUCUGGUCGUCUCCUCAAUCACCGCCUAAGUUCGACGCCGUUAAGCCAGCCGCACCCCCUAUUAUCGAGCCGCCGUCGCCGAUUCCUCCGCCGGAGCCACCGAGUACUUAUUCCUUUCGCGCUAAAAAGGUGGAAAUUAGGGAUCCGUUGAGCAGCAACUAUCAUGGUAGUAAUAGUAGCGUUUGUCACAGCGAUGAGGAAAUUGAGAGCUCUUCCGCCAACUCUACGGCGUCAGCUGGUGGUGGCUCGGCUAGGGCUGUGGCGAGUGCGACUCCUGCUGCUGAGAUUAUGUCUAGGAAGGCUCAGCUUGUACAAGAGCUGUCAAGGAAAUUCAUAAAUAUGGGAGAAUUGAGGAGGCUAGCAUCACAAGGCAUCCCUGAUGGAGCUGGCAUUCGUGCAACUGUGUGGAAGCUAUUAUUGGGGUAUCUGCCAUCCGAUCGCUCACUUUGGCCUUCAGAGUUAGCCAAGAAAAGGUCUCAAUAUAAGCAAUUCAGAGAGGAGUUAUUGAUGAAUCCCUCAGAGAUUACGAGGAGGUUAGAAAAGUCAAGUCUUGAGAACAAUGAAGUAGAUGGCAUCAAGGGUUUCCUCUCAAGAUCAGAGAUAACCCAUGGAGAGCAUCCCUUAAGUCUUGGGAAGAGUAGCAUAUGGAAUCAAUUUUUUCAGGAAUCUGGGAUCAUGGAACAGAUUGACCGAGAUGUCAAACGUACUCAUCCGGACAUUCACUUUUUCUCAGGGGAUUCAGCAUUUGCUAAAUCCAACCAAGAGGAUUUGAGGAGCAUAUUGAUUGUAUUUGCCAAACUGAAUCCUGGGAUAAGAUAUGUGCAGGGCAUGAAUGAAAUCAUAGCACCUUUAUUCUACGUGUUAAAAAAUGACCCUAAUGAAGAAAAUGCGGCUUCUGCUGAAGCAGAUACUUUCUUCUGUUUUGUGGAGUUGUUAAGUGGAUUUCGGGAUAAUUUUGUCCAACAACUUGAUAACAGUGUUGUGGGGAUUCAUGCCACCAUUACUAGAUUAUCACGACUUCUAAAGGAGCAUGAUGAAGAACUCUGGCGUCAUCUUGAGAUGACAACUAAAGUAAAUCCCCAAUUUUAUGCAUUCAGGUGGAUUACACUCCUUUUGACCCAAGAUUUUGAGUUUCCGGACAUUCUCUUAAUCUGGGACACACUUCUAAGUGACCACGACGGUCCUCAGGAGACACUGCUCCGAAUUUGUUGUGCAAUGCUGAUCAUUGUAAGGAAGCGUUUACUUGCGGGUGACUUCACUUCUAAUCUUAAGUUACUCCAACAUUAUCCAUCGACAAAUAUAAGCCACCUCCUCUAUGUUGCCGAUAAAUUGCGUAUUCACUUACCGGCCUAAGUUUUUUCAGCAACAUGUAGUUUUAAGUUUGGUCAUUCCAUUUCUUUCGUCUCUCUGUUCGAUAUUUAAUUUGUUGUAAAUUGCAGGAUGUAGAUGUAAUUUCAUUGUGAUUCCUUAGAAAUAAGAUUUUUUUUUUUAAUAUUUUUUUUGUACAAUUUAUUCGUUGUGUAGUACAUCACCAACAACAAAAGGGAAGAAGUUUAGAGGUUUGCAGGUGCCACUCAUUGAUUUGUGUAGUGUUGUUUUUUCAUCCAAAUUUUCAUUGAAUUCCAAGGUUGAUUUU